CAAUUACUACUCAUUAUAGAAUCUAUUAGGAGAAACAUAAACAUUACUAAUUAAAAUUAAGUAGAUAAGUAAGAUUCUACCAUAUGUCUGAUAUGUUAUUUUAUUAUUUUAGAAUAGGAACCCAAAAAUUAAACAUGUUAGCCAAUAAGAAUUAUCAACAUGUAUUUCGAAUGAAAAGUUUUGUGUCACUAGAGGAACUGGUUACUAAGCUACAAAUUAGGCUUGUUGUAUUACUUCAUCAAGUGGAUUACUUUAUGAAUGGUUUUCUUACUGCUCUCUUAAAAUUGAUUGCUGAAGAAGAAUGCAUCAAUUAUUUGACCAAAUUUACAGCUAAAAAAGGUACUUUGAUUGAAUCUGCUUGCACAACCGCUUUGAAUGGAACCGUCAGCUCUUGGAACUCUGAACUACAAAAAUAUUUUGGUGGAAAUUCUCACCUUGAUUGCCAACUUAAGAAACCUGUUUAUACGCAAGAAUCUAAAAUUGCGUAUAAAGGAUGUGGAACAUGUAGUUUGAUGACUGGUUAUGCAUCUGCAAAUAUUGAUUAAAAUUCUUAUUACAUCACUAGAGAUAGAUGUCAUUGGCAUAAAAAUACAACUACAAAUUCAACAUCAUGCAUGAUUCAUGAUUCAUACAGCUUCCACUAAAUUUUCAACUGGGAUAAGAAGAUAUAAUAAAUUUGUGCAGUUCACACAGGAAUUUGUCAAGCAAUUGAUCCAUUGGCAUUAACUAACGAUGAUUGCUUCUUGAUUACUGGCUACACAUAUAUAUGGAACACUUCAGAUAAUAAAUGUGGAGUCUGUGCAACUGAUAAUCAAGUUAAUAAUCCCGCAAACAACAACAGCAACUAAACAGUUAAUAAUACUAGUACAGAUUCAGGGUAUCUUUUUGGAGAAACCAUAAUUAUUGUUGGAUAUCUCAUAUCUUGAAGUGAUUAAUAUAAGAAAUGUAUAUUCAAAUAAUGAUAAAAUAUCUUC